UGUGAACUACAUGUAGCACUUUAUUAAAUGUAUUAUAUUUUAUGAGUUAUUACAAUGAAUACAUUAUGUAUAUCUUAAAUGUUUACUUGAAUUUUGAUUGAGUUAAUCUAGAUUAUAGGGACAAAUGGACAGACAUAUCUGGACUGACGAAGAGACAGAAGCAUUUGUCGGUUUUAUGGAGGAGCUUGUCAUUGAAGGAAGAAGAGCUGAUGCGGGUCAGUUUAGACCUGGUUCAUUUGAAAAGCUUACGACAAAAAUGAAUGAGAAAUUUCCAGGUGGUAGUUUUCAAAUAAGCCAUUGCAAGAAUAAAGUUAAAAGGCUAAAAGAGAAGUAUCAAUUUGCAGCUGACAUGGCAGCCUGUAGCGAUUUUGGAUGGGAUGAUGUGAAGCAAUGUGUGGUUGUGGAUAACAAAGAGAUCCUAGCUGCAUAUUUGAAGAAACAAGGACAAAGGUUGUAUACUCCAGGAAAGCCCUUUCCUCUGUAUCCGCGUUUGGAGAAAAUAUUUUGCAAAGAAAGAGCAAGUGGAGUGGAUGCUGUAAGUGGCAAUGACGUUGAAGAAGAAGUCCAAAAAGAUGGAGAUGAAGAAAUGGAUGACGAAUAA